AUGGAGUACACCGCAGACGUACCGUCUCAACAGGCCCCUGAUGAUACCGGCAUGCCGACUUAUAUGAUAUACCGAGAUGUUCGGCCCGGGGAGCCCUUUGACCCUUCAGCACCAUUGCACUUCCUCCCACCCAAAGACAGCGAUGAACUCUUCGAUGCUCUGAGGUUCGCCUUCCCACACCUCAAGACACACUCUGAGCGACUUCGAGAUGCGACAAUCAAAUUCCUGCUGGAAGAGCAACAUGCUUAUACAGCUACUCCACCACCUCCAGCCCCUGUAACAGCGCAGCCGGUUCCUCAGACUCUCACAGCCUCUGCCACGCCCACCGCAUCAACCUCGUCUAGUACGCUGAACGUGUGGAAUCAUGCCACGGUUGGCACCAAGGGAAAGUUCAAGCACGUGCCAUCGUCUACAUCGGGCAGUCAGCCAUCUUCACUACUUACAAAAGACAUGCCACCUCAAGAGGACAUGACCGGAGUCUUCAGCAUCUCGUCCGUCCAGCCAAAGCAGCAUCAGAGGCGCAGAAUGACAGAGAAAGAAAAGGCCGACUACAGGAAGCGGCGAAUGAUCAAGGCGUGCGACAAGUGUGCAAAGCGGAAGAGAAAGUGCAUCCACAACUUCGCGGGCAGUAUGUCUCCUCAGCCGGAACAGAACCCAUCAAGACGAAAUGCCAGCAAAGCUACGAGUGACAUCAGCUCCCCAAAUAGCAUUGACUCCCAGGAUCAGAGUCUGAGAGAGGCAUCGCAAGACAAUGUUUCCCUGUCAAGCCAGUUCGCAAACGAGGAUAUGCAAUUCGACUUCUCUUCCAACAAUGAGCCUAUGGAUGGAGUUUCCGGAUUGCAGGAUUCUAGCUACACCAUCUGGGACAUACAAAACGCAGCAAACUUUGCCGCAGAUAUGAUUGAUCCUGCCCUCCAAAUUCCAUCACUCGGGACUUGGCCAGUGAGGACAGGGGCUUGCGAGCAAGACUGGACUUCGCAAGACCAAAUCAUGGCAGACUGGGCGAUCGACUUUCCUCCUGCGCCAGUGACACCCCCAAUCCUGCGCAUGGACGAGUUCCUUCAGUUUGGCGAGGUGUUUCCAGAGCAAUGGCAAGUUCCUUGGAACCAAGAUAGAGAUGGGCAAACGGUGCCUUUCGUUCACUCGGCGCACGGCGAAGAGGAAUAUGUUUUGCCUGAAGACAAUGAGUGGUGUAUAAGUCGGCACCGUAGGCUAGUCGGGGAGAAGCACCGGGCUGUGCUCCAGGGCACACUUUCGGCCUCGCGCCUUCGACAAAACCAAGAAACGAUGGGUGAAGAUGAUACGAUGGAUGAUGUUCGCCGCCAUCGAUCUCUGACAUAUUACGGACAUCCCCUCCAGAAGCCAGAAAAGGAUCCCAAGAUUGCGGCCGACGACGCUUCGUAUGGAGGCGAGCCUUUCGAUGUACAGGAGAUGGUCGUGUGUGGACAUACAGCAGCCGCAGUAUACGCAUGGCGCUGUGAGGCGUAUGGAUGGGUCUUUGAGACCCUCGUGAAGAACGCGUCAACAUUUGCCUCCGUGUUGACCCUGGUGGCGUCUCUCCUCCGCCAAGGAGAGAAAUCCACGGCUCUAAAUGGAUGGCCGAUGGUGGAAUCGCCACAAAUCGUGGAAGAGAACGAUGGAGAAGAGACUGUGGUUGUACAUCACCCCUAG